GGUGUGGGUGCGGCGGGAGCACUGCGUGCCGGGCGUGCGCUACAGCCUGGGCGGGCCGGAGGGGAACUCCCCGCUGGAGGACUACACCUACCUGCUGGCGUGGAGGAAGCUGGGGCCGCAGGAGGUGGUGCAGCCGGGCGACCAGGCCGGCCGGGGGGGGCUGCUGGCGGAGGAGCGCUCCGGAACCGCCCUGGGUGGCGAGGCGGCGGAGGACCGGCGCGUGCUGCUGGGGCGCAUGGCGGCGGCGGUGGCGGAGGACGACCUGGAGCAGCUGAGGAGGGCGGUGGAGACGUACAGGGCUCGUGCGGCCGCCUCCCCGCACCCCGGCGCCUGGCCGCCCCCAUCCUUCCUGACCAGCCGCGGGGUGCCGCUGACGGGGGUGGCGGCGCAGCGCAACGCGCAGCCCCGCCUGGUGGCGUACCUGGUGGCGCAGGGGGCGGAGAUGGACGCAGCGGCUUUCAGGUACCUGCUGGCCAACUCCAAGGCGCUCCCCGGCGGCGGCUUCAGCGACGUGCCGCACCUGGUGCUGAGCUGCCUGGCGCAGCAGCGCAACCCCAUUGCGGCGGCCAUGGGCUUCGCGCGCGAGCUGGCGGCGGCGGCGGACAGCAACAGCGCCAAGGCGCGGGAGUGGAGGGAGCUGGCAUCCAAGCUGCGGUCCGCGGCAGUAGACCUUGUGGGCUGUCUGGAGAAGCUGGAGCGACCCCCGGCUGGGGACUCGGCAGCAGCGGCAGCAGCAACAGCAACAGCAGCACCCGCUGCAGGGACGACUGACAGCUCGGAAGCCGUCAGCAGUGCAGCAGCAGCCGCAGCCGCCAGUGCCUCCAUCAGCGACGUGUUGGCGCCUCGUGGGGUGGCCUGCUCGCUGAAUGACGUCAGCCCGCUGCAGAUGGCGUACGACACGAAUGAUCUUGAUUUCAUGUCGGCGCCUGUCGUACAGGGCUACCUGCAGGACCGCUGGCUGGGGCCCGACUACAUCCUGCAGGCGCUGCAGGACAAGGGCGCCACGCUGCACUACCAGGACCACCACCUGAUGCUGCGGGUGCUGGAGGGCAGCGGCUUUGUGGGCUCGCUGGGCCGACCGCUCUUCAGGUUCCACUCCUACCUGGUUCACCUGCUAGUGUUCGCCCCGCGCGCCUUCUUCGACUCGCCCCGCGGCCGCUGGAUCUUCAAGAUGUUCCUGGAGGCCUUCUUCCUCUACGUCUUCCACUCCGUGCAGCUCAUGCCGGACGACGACUUCACGCUCCGCUGGCAGCACGUGGCCUUCCUGCUGUACGUGGGCGGGCAGCUGGUGGACGAGGUGCAGGAGAACGCGCACCAGUACGGCGGGCGGCUGGCGGCCUACUUCUCCUCGGGCUUCAACCUGGUGGAGGCGGCGGGGUGGGGCAUGAUGCUGGGCUGCAUCGGGCUCAAGGCGGCCAUGUGGGGGCUGCCGGGGAGGCAGGAUCACCCGCACUGGGAGGCUCUGCGCACCUGCAAGGAGCUGCUGCUGGGCUGCGCCUCCAUCCUGGUGUGGGCGCGGCUGCUGCAGUUCAUCAUCCCGCUGUACGACGGGGUGGGCAGCUUGCUCAUGGUGGUCAGCCUGAUGUUCAGGGAGGUGUUCAAGUUCGCGGUGCCCGGCAUGCUGCUGCUCACGGGGGUGGCCUUCUCGCUGUUCUCGGCGUUCAGGUACCGCGACAUUCCCGAGCUCUCCUCCUUCCCCAUGACCAUGCUCAAGCUCUUCCGCACCUUCCUGGGCGAAACCAUGUUUGAUCUGUACGUGGACGAGCCGGACACGGCGUACAACCUGUACGGCAACAUCAUCACGCUGCUGUACGCGCUGGUGGCCACCGUGGUGCUGGCCAACCUGUUAAUCGCGCUGAUCAGCUACCACUUCCAGCCGGAAAAGACUGAGAGCCAGUCGCGCUUCCAGAUGGCGGAGAUCCUGGCGCACUACGAGUACGUGGUGGACCAGCGGCUGGUGGGGGCGCCCUUCUCGGGGCCGCAGCUGCUGGCGGCGGCGGUGCUGCCGGCGGGGCGGCGGCAGAAGGGCAGCAGCAGCUGGCUGGCGGAGAAGGCGGGGCUGCCGCCCAUGGACGGAAUCGUGGUGGCGGGUGAGGACACCGCCAACAAGUUCCUGCCCACCGGCACCCACGAGCUGCCCUACCUGCUCUUCCUGCUCACCCUCUACCCGGCGCUGCUGCUGCUGUCCUGGGCGCUCUACUUCGGCAUGGCGCCCUACGCCAUCUGCUACUUCACACUUGCGGGGUACAGACGGUGGACGGGCGAGGCGGCGGGGCCGGCGGGGCUCAAGGGUCCGACUCGCCAGGGCUCCAGCGGCAAGGUACACCCCGACCCCUCCUCCUCCGCAGUUACCACCACCACCGCAGCAGCAGCAGCAGCAGCAGCCAAGGCCCCGGCCGGCUCUGCGGCUGCCGGCGCGGCAGUGGAUAUGCUGGAGCUCGCUGACGAAGUUGGGGGAGGAGGAGCACUGCAUGCUAGCAGCGGCCCGGUGGUGGCAGCAGGCGAGGAGGGGAUGCUGGGUGGUGGAGACCCCGCACUUGGUGGUGGUGAGGAGGAGGAGGACGGCGGCGUGGUGCAGCGUCUGGCCCCUGCGCUCCGCCACUGCCUGUCCGCCGCGCGCUACCUGCUGACCCGGCCUCUGUGGCUGCUGCUGGGCUGCUGCGGCUACCUUGGCGUGCUGGGCGGGGGGCUGCUGGUGCUGUGGAUGGGCGCCUACACCUGGCUGGGCCGGCUGGCCUUCCACGCCUACUGGGUGCUGCGGGGCUGGGUGCAGGGCCUCCUGGGCGGCGACAAUGUCGUCUUCGCCGACAAGACCGCCACCACCACCACCGCCAGCAGCUCCACCUCCUCACCAUCCACAGCUGCCGCUGCCGGUGGCGCCGGGCGGCGACAGGGUGCGGCGGGGCUGCGGGAGCGGUCGCAGCUGGUCCGGGUGCAGCAGGCGGCGCUGAGGAACGGAGGCCAGGUCAUCACGCUAUCCGAGCUGGCUCGCUCGCUGCGCGCUGCGGGCUUCAGCAAGGCCGACAUCUCCGCGGCAGCAGCGGGGCCCUCCCUGGCUCCCGCCCUGCUGGGGCCCACUGGCUCGGGAGCCCUGGCCUCCGCCCCCGGCCCUGCUGGUGCGGAUGUUGCUGCGGGUGGGGCGGGGGGCCGCGGCACGCCGCAACGUUCCGAGGCGUCUCUGCAACUUCGGCAGCCUCUGCGGGUGGAAGAGGCGGAUGAGGAUGAUGGUGAUGUUGAGGAGGAGGAGGAGGAUGGGGCCGGGUGCGAUGUGGGAGGAGGAAUGGGAGAGGCUGGCGGGGUGAGGGCGGCUGGCGGUGGGGUUCGGGAGAUGCCGGGGUUGGUGAGGAGUGGCGGCGGUGGUGGAGGCAGUGGUGGUGGUGGAGGCAGCGGAGGCGGCAGCAAGGGAGGCAGCGGAGGAGGCAGCGGCAGCCCAAUGGCUAGGCGGGUGGCUAGCAGCUAGGAAGCAUGUAGGGGCCGCACGCGUGCAUGUAUCCGGGUGGUGGAAAAACAUCCUGGUGGUGGGUGGGUAGGUGGGAGGGUGGGCGAAUGAGGCAUCGUUUCGUGUACAGUAAGGAAUGAGGCACGCCCGGACAAUCACUGUAGUGGUGACCACAUGGGUAUUGUGUUGCAAGCGUGUUGUGGCUGGCAUAUGCUGUGUAGUACUGCUUGGCAGGCUACGUUUCUCGAAGGUUAAGAAUCGUGGGCUGUAUUGCAUGAACUUCUGGUUGUUUGGAGCAGACUGAGGAUUGUUCGUGAAAGGCCGGUGACUCCACCCUUGCUCGCGUACUACAGGUAUGUAUGUCGUUCGCUAUCUUUAGUUGCCGUGCAUAGGCGUGUGGGUGUCAGGCUCUUCUGUCUUGCUUUUAAGUUGGAUGUUGGAACAUUGGCUGUCGCUCGUGCCGUAAGUAUGACCAUAAGCAUCGUAUGUAUCGUUACCUGAUUAGGCCUUAUGCGUAUUUUGCAUGGAAAGCUGACGGAGAAUUGUGUUUGUUUGCGAUCACUUCCCGGCUGCGUGUGCCUAAAUGUGAAUGUGCACACUGACCGGGUGAUGACGGCUCGUAACUGGGAAACAUCGCGACUUGAGACAGAGACGUUGUGAGAUGAGUCGGAUGACCCAUGGGCCGGAAGGUCCCUGCUGUGUGUCCACAAAGAACUGCUCAAAACACGCAUUUAAAUCGCAG